GUGGCGGCGGCCGCGGCGGGCGAAAUGGACAACGCGGGGAAGGAGCGAGAGGCGGUGCAGCUGAUGGCGGAGGCCGAGAAACGAGUCAAGGCCUCCCACUCCUUCCUCCGAGGGCUCUUUGGGCCGUGUAGGGAGACGUCAUCCUCGCCCCUCACACUCAGUUUGCAUGGAAGCCACUGCACCCUAGGUCUGACCUGGAUCCAGCAGAGGAAACACAAGAAUAGAAGAGGCUUGUGAAAUGUAUACCAGAGCUGCAAAUAUGUUCAAGAUGGCUAAGAAUUGGAGUGCUGCGGGAAAUGCAUUUUGUCAGGCCGCCAAGCUUCAUAUGCAGCUGCAGAGCAAACAUGACUCGGCCACCAGCUUUGUGGAUGCUGGGAACGCCUACAAGAAGGCAGACCCCCAAGAGGCUAUCAACUGCUUAAAUGCAGCCAUCGACAUUUACACAGACAUGGGAAGGUUCACGAUUGCAGCCAAGCACCACAUCACCAUCGCAGAGAUCUACGAGACGGAGCUGGUGGACAUCGAGAAGGCUAUCGCCCAUUACGAACAAUCAGCUGAUUAUUACAAAGGGGAAGAAUCCAACAGCUCGGCUAACAAGUGUCUGCUGAAAGUGGCUGCGUAUGCUGCCCAGCUGGAGCAGUACCAGAAGGCCAUCGAGAUCUUCGAGCAGAUUGGGGCCAACACCAUGGAUAACCCUUUGUUGAAGUACAGUGCAAAGGAUUACUUCUUUAAAGCCGCCCUCUGCCACUUCAUAGUGGAUGAGCUGAAUGCCAAGCUUGCUCUUGAGAAAUAUGAGGAAAUGUUUCCGGCCUUCACUGAUUCGAGAGAGUGCAAAUUAUUGAAAAAACUUCUAGAAGCUCAUGAAGAGCAGAACAGUGAAGCUUACACGGAAGCAGUGAAGGAGUUUGACUCAAUCUCCCGCCUGGACCAGUGGCUCACCACCAUGCUGCUGCGCAUCAAGAAGUCCAUCCAGGGGGACGGGGAAGGAGACGGAGACCUCAAGUGAAGCGCUGCGUCUCCGUGGCAUGCUGCCUGAGUGCUCUUUACUUUCGUGUGAGGGCCAGUGAUCAUUAUGGGAUGCCCAUGCAAUGGCUUCAUUUUGUUGCACAUGAGCCUGACGAUAUGUGUGUGUUUCAGCUGCCGCGUGUCACCGUGCAGUGGACGGCAGGCAGCUCCUUUCUGUGUUGUGAUUGUGACGGGCUGUUUCCCGCUUGUCAGUCCCCAGAGUUUUCCGAGAACUACUUCUGAAUCUUACUCCUGUUUUGAUGUGUGCAGAGCUCGUGUGUAAUUUUGCCACAUAUUUGUAUGUCCUUUUUCGUAGACUUGAGUACCCAACCCAGUUGUUCUAAUAGAUGUUUUGCAUGUUCUCCGUGAACUUGCACUUGGAUGGAUUCUCUAAAUGUGCGUGUUUGGUGUAGGGUGGUUGUUAGGAAUGCGUUUAUGACUUUUCUCAUUAGAAAUUAUUUACCCUUUUUCUUACUUGUGAUUCUUUUGAUGGUGCUAGUGACCAGUUUCUUUGCUUUUUGUAUUGUUCUGUAGCUAACGUGCAUGUGAGAAUUCAGAUCAGCCGGGUCUGCUGGCCGCUUACAGCGGGGAGAAGAGGGAGCUUCCUGGCACUGCUUGCUUGUGUGGACGUGUGUGAAGGUGGGCCUGCUCUUACACACGAGUGCACACGUGUAUAAGGUCUAGGAGGCGUGGGUGUUUUCCUCUCCUAGAGAUAGGGCCCACUUUUAGUUGGAGCAGGACCCUUGCUUCAUCUUCGCAGAGAGGUGUUUGAACUGGCACAUCCCUUUGCUUGGGUGUUCACACACUUUUCCACACUGAGAGGGUGCCCCGUGUGCCCCCUGACGUGUAUCCUCACCAGGCCUGGGAGGUUAUCUCAGUCGAAGUUUGAUUUUAAUUUUUAAUUGCGUUGUCAUUCAUUUUAUCCGUUAAAUUGCACGUGACGGGCUUGGUAGGCUGAGUAUGGUACAGAGGUUUACUGUGCCUGGUCAGGAAAGCACCCCAGCUGGCUUCUGAGGGGGCCUGCCCUUAGCUGUGGGGUUGUUUUAGCUUGUGUGUUUGAAUUCUGUCCUGUUGUUUUGGCUUAUAUACAUGCUCUGUUGGCCUAUGAAUUUGAUCCACGCCCAUUAUGUUACGUGCCGACAUUGUACUUUAGACAUGGUCUCAUUUCCUGAAUCUCCUCUGUGCAUAUUUUUAGUUGUAAAUGAUUUAUGUUUGUGCGUUUAUUGCCAGGUAAUGACAAUGUUGACAGAAAAAUGGAAUUUCCUGUGUCCUGUCAGAUAUUAACGGGUAUUUGAAUGGUGUUUGCGUUUUUGGAUUGCCCUCGACUGGGAUUGGUAGGUGCUGUUGGGCAGAAACAGCGGGUGUGCCUAGGCCGAGGGCUGAGUGUGGGGAGGAAGGCUUGGGGAGGGGAACAGGUGCAUCUGGGAUGAAGGAGAAAAUGGCAGGAAAGGAGGCCGAGAAGAACCGGCAGGGCCCGAUCGUGGAGCAGCCCUGUAGGCGGCCGUGAGGAUUCGGUGGCUGUAGUUGUGGGGUCACCUGUGCAGGCUUGGCUGGUGACACGGCAGAGUAGUGAUGUCACAGUGUUGGCCAAGGGCAAAUGGACUAGGAGACACGGGCACUCUGACCUUGGGCCCUGGCAUCCGAUGAGGAUUCCUUCCUUCCUUCAAAGGUCUGGGAUCCUUAAAAGAAGGCUGGCUGGCGGUUACAGUACAUUUUGGAACGGAGCCCGCUUGGUACUUCUUCACUUCCUGUUGGAACCUCUUAUGAAAGAAUGCUUAGAGAGAAAAGUAGUGUUUCGUUGCUCUCUGCCCAACUGGCCAGAAGCACUAGGGUGAGAUGAGCGUGGGGCCUGUGUCCUCCGGCUGCAAGUCUGUCCCACCUGAGGGGCUGUAACCCUUGCCGCCAACGUGUGCACUUUGUCACUAGCCUGGAAAGUUUGUUCCCACUUUUUAAAGGAACCUUCUGGUCUGACCAUAUAAAGUAAAAACCAAAUGAUGUCUUUUAAGGCAAUUUGUUUAGCUUUUCAUCCUGCUCCCUGACAGAGCCCUGUCUGAAGACCUGUGGUUUUGAGAAAUAGUAUUGGCAGCGUUUUGUCACAUCAGUCAGAGCUGUUUGUGUUGAAAUGAACCCUGAGUUCAGUGCCUGGGUUAAAAUGUUGUUGUUUUUAAUACUUCACAUGAAGAAGAGUAAAAAAUAAUUGUAAUGGCUAGAACAGAGCUGCCAGAACAUAAAAGGGAAGUGAGGAGAAGAAAGUCCCACUAACAGUAUCCAGACUUUCUCCCUUGAAAUGUUCCAUUAGAGUGGGGUUCGGAGCCCGGGCUAGAUGUCCAGGAUUUAUAGAUCAUUAUGUAUGAACAAAAUAUAAUGACUAUGUAUGUUACAGUCCUUGUAUUUUAGCAAAUUGUGUUUAUUAGUUCAUUGUCAAAACGAGUUAAAAUUUCUUACAGGAAAGCUUUGCUUUUUGUGGCAACGUUUUUAUAGCUUACAUGAAUUCCUUUUUUAUUUAAUGAUUUGAAAACAGUAUUCUUGCAUAGUCGUGACCAUGUGUGAUGGUAUCCCUGUAAACACAGUGUGUGCAUUUAUUGUUUCCCCUGAUACUGUGCAUUUAAGAUGCCCAGGUGCAACCCCUGUGGCUUUCUCGGGGGAUGUGGCAUGGCCUCUGCUCUCCCACACUGUUGGGGGGGGAUGUUAUUAUGAAAACUCACCCUGUGAUGAUAAAUCCACCUUUGCAGAGAGUCUUUGUGUUUCAUGUGAAUCUGUACAGUAAAUAAAGUCGAAGUU